AUGGAGUUCACGGCGUCGCCCAAGCCCCAGCUCUCCUCCCGGGCCAACGCCUUCUCCAUCGCGGCGCUCAUGUCCAGCGGCGGCUCCAAGGAGAAGGAGGCCGCGGAGAACACCAUCAAACCCCUGGAACAAUUUGUGGAGAAGUCAUCCUGUGCCCAGCCGCUGGGCGAGCUCCCCAGCCUGGACGCUCACGGGGAGUUUGGCGGCGGCGGCGGCAGCCCAGCCUCCUCCUCGCUGUGCACCGAGCCGCUGAUCCCCACCACCCCCAUCAUCCCCAGCGAGGAAAUGGCCAAGAUCGCCUGCAGCCUGGAGACCAAGGAGCUCUGGGACAAAUUCCACGAGCUGGGCACGGAGAUGAUCAUCACCAAGUCCGGCAGGAGGAUGUUUCCUACCAUCCGGGUGUCGUUUUCCGGCGUAGAUCCUGAGGCCAAGUACAUAGUCCUGAUGGACAUCGUCCCCGUGGACAACAAGAGGUACCGCUAUGCCUACCACCGCUCCUCCUGGCUGGUGGCUGGCAAGGCGGACCCACCGCUGCCGGCCAGGCUGUAUGUGCACCCGGACUCCCCUUUCACUGGUGAGCAGCUACUCAAACAGAUGGUGUCUUUUGAAAAGGUGAAGCUCACCAACAAUGAGCUGGAUCAGCACGGCCAUAUCAUUUUGAACUCGAUGCAUAAGUACCAGCCCCGGGUGCACAUCAUUAAGAAGAAAGACCACACUGCGUCGUUGCUCAAUCUGAAGUCGGAAGAAUUCAGGACGUUCAUCUUCCCAGAGACGGUUUUCACGGCAGUGACUGCCUAUCAGAACCAGCUGAUAACCAAGCUGAAAAUAGACAGCAACCCCUUUGCCAAAGGAUUUCGGGACUCCUCCAGGCUCACGGACAUCGAGAGGGAGAGCGUGGAGAGCCUCAUUCAGAAGCAUUCCUACGCCCGCUCACCCAUCCGCACCUACGGCGAUGAGGACGUGCUGGGGGACGAGGUGCAGACGGCACAAACCCGAGGGUCAGCCUUCACCACAUCCGACAACUUGUCUCUCAGCUCCUGGGUGUCGUCGUCCUCCAGUUUCCCUGGAUUUCAGCACCCACAGUCCCUGACGGCUCUGGGCACCAGCACAGCGUCCAUAGCAACACCCAUUCCUCACCCCAUCCAGGGCUCUCUGCCGCCCUACAGCCGCCUCGGCAUGCCUCUGACCCCCUCGGCCAUCGCCAGCUCCAUGCAGGGCAGCGGCCCCACGUUCCCCUCCUUCCACAUGCCCCGGUACCACCACUACUUCCAGCAGGGCCCCUACGCCGCCAUCCAAGGACUGCGCCACUCCUCCGCCGUCAUGACGCCUUUCGUAUGACUCUUCUGAAAGCAGGAGAACCCCAACCCCGAAUG